UAAUGUUUCAUUUGCUCACCAUUACGUAUUAGUAAAUUAUUACAAAUAAUUCUUACAACUAACUUUUCUUGCCAUUACAUGUCAUUUUUAUUAGUACAAUGCUGACUAAUUGGUCGAUACGAGAAUGGACUAUAAAACGUUUAUUUGUAAUGUGUCUGUCGCGCGUGCGCGAAAUAUGCAAUUUCCAUGACGGAUCACGUUUAAAUUCUUCCGACAAUACAAAUUAUUGACAAGAGAUCAAUAAUGACGCAUAUAGUGACAAUUCGCUAAUGUUGCUUGGUGACACGUAUAUUCGAUACGGAAUUUCUCUGACUAUCGCGACAAGAGGAAUGCAUAACAAUAAUUAAUCUAAGAAGAAAAAAAGCGGCGAAAUUGAGCGAUCAGGCGCAGUCGAACACGAGAUCUUUUACAGCUGAAACUGAAUUCUGAAAUGCAACAAUGAUGUCUUCUGAUGUGCAUUACGCCGCCUUUCUUCUUCUAGGGAUAUGCAUCAAAGCAGGACUUGGGCUUAGCUUGAAAGAUAAGGUGGUUCUAUAUCAAAAUUGUACAAUUUUCGAUAAUCCGGAUAUAUAUGGUGGCCCAAUAUGCGGUGACAAUGGCAUCACAUACGCCAAUGGUUUAUAUCUAGACUGUAAAAAUCAUCACAGCCAUGAGACUGUUGCUACGUUGCAUUCCGGUCCGUGUUUGGAAAACGAGAAAUAUUGCAGCGUCGAUUUACAUUACGAGCCAGUUUGCGGCUCGGAUCACAAAAUUUACACAAACAUGCAAUCGCUUCUGUGCGUUCGCCAUAAACAAUCGAAAGAUUUGACAACUGUGUCAAUGGUAGAUUGCCGACAGAACGAUCAUUGUAACAGAGAUGGCACCGAACAUUACGAGGUGAACCCGGUUUGCGCUAAUAAUGGGCUCACAUAUCAGAACGCGGCGCAACUCAAAUGUCUGCAAAGAUAUAAUCCUGAAUUGCAAAUUAUUCACGACGGCGGUUGUCGCGUGGAAUUCGUUCACCAGCUUUACGGUGCGAAGGUUUGUAACAUCGCAAAAGUGAGAUAUGAAUGGAAUCCGGUUUGCGCAUCGGAUGGAGUUACUUAUUCAAAUCCUUUCCUAUUUCUCUGCCAUCACCCACAUCUAAAAGUAAUUUCCAACGGAGAGUGCGACACGCAUAGCCACGAUUCCUGCGUAGAAGCGCAUACAAACACGACGAUUUUGUCAAAUGGCGAAUAUAUGAACGAAGCUUUUACCGCAGAUGAUGAGGUUUGUGGAAACGACGGUCGCACGUACCAGAGCGUACAUCAUUUGCAAUGUCACACACGUCACGAUAAAUAUCUGUUCUUGAAGCAUCACGGUCCGUGUUCCGGGCCGGAUGAUCAUCCCUGCGGAUCGAUACCGGAAGAGGAUCAUAGACAACCAGUAUGCGGUACCAACGGCAGAUCCUACGUGAGUCCGGAGGCUCUCUGGUGCGCCAAAUUACGCUCCCCGGCAGAAGAUAUUGCUUACAAGCACGACGGUCCCUGCUAACGAAGACAUCAUAUAGAAGACUACUCAGCCAUUAUUUCGUUUACACUUGUACAAUAUCUCAAAAUAUACUCAAAAUAUAUGUAGAAGUUAGAAACAAAAACUACUUCAAGGCGUCAAAAAAUAAAGUCAGAAAAUAGAUAAAUAAGACAAAAACUUGUCUAUAAAAUAUAAGUUAUAUAAGAGAAUAUAUAAUUAAAAACAGAUUGAUUAAUAAUUAAUAUAAGAAUUAUAUUAAUAUAAAAAUAUAAUAUUAGAUUGUAAUAAUGUAAUAAUUGUAAUUAUAUAAAUUCAAAGCUAAUAUAUAUUAAGGAAAAUAAAGAAAAACAA